AUGGUGACAGACUUUUGGAACCCCACUCAUGGCGUACCUAGAACCGAGCGCGACCGAAGUCCCGACCAGCUGAAGAAAGACUGUGAGAAUAUCGAAAAAUACAGAGCUCUCGACAGCCAGUUACGCGCUCAGACUUCGAAAUCACAGUUUGAUUUAGCGACCUUGGAACUGACCACGAAGCUUCUGCGCAUUAACCCCGAAUAUUAUACUGUGUGGAACACGAGGCGACGUUGCCUCAUGUCUGGGCUAUUGAUGAAGCAGAGUCGGAAGUCGCCACAACCAGGAGCUUCGGAGUAUCCUAAAAACAGCAAAGAGCCCAUAUGCUCGUCGCGGUCUCUACGACCUACUGACUCUAGCGGAGCUGAACCGAAACAACACCGACCUACCGCAAGCCAACAUACUACCGCUCCAGGCCGCAAUAAGGAACGCGGGACUGAAGAAGGAACUAAUCAAUCCUCCAAAAUCAUUGGAGACGAGCUAAUAUUUACUCUGCCGCUAUUGAUCGCCCUUCCAAAGUGCUACUGGAUAUGGAACUAUAGAAUGUGGACAUUGGAACAGGCUACGCUUUUGCUACCCGUUGAGUCAGUCAAAUCGAUUUGGCAAGGGGAACUUGGGCUGGUCAGCAAGAUGCUGAGUCGGGACCAGCGUAACUACCAUGCCUGGGCGUAUCGGCGUUACGUUGUAUCUCAUUUGGAGUCCAGCGAGCUUGACGGCCAGAGUAUGGUCGAAUCGGAAUUCGCUUACACGACAAAAAUGGUAAAUCUCAACUUGUCGAAUUUCUCAGCAUGGCACAACCGUGCCCAGUUGAUACCGAGGCUUCUUGUGGAGCGCAAUGCAAAUGAUUCGCUGCAGUUUUCCAUGAUAGAUCGUGGUUUGAAUGUCGGCCCAGAAGAUCAAUCAUUGUGGUACUACCACCAGUAUCUCAUCUUCAAUGUCGCUGAGCAACCUGCAAAUCUGGCCAUCGUACCUGAGAUGGUCGUCGAUGAUCGAGUCAAACUGAUAAGUCGCCAAGUUGACUUUAUUAAAGACCUCCUGGAGGACUAUCAUGAUGUCAAGUGGAUCUUCGAAAUGCUACUCGAGUACACGCUGCUUACUUACAAACUUCGUAAUGAGCCAUUGGGUGUGGAGCAAUCGAAGGAGCUUGUAGGCUGGGUGGCGAGCAUAAAGAGGCUGGACCCCCAGCGGUUCAAUCGCUGGCAAGAAUUAGCUGAGAAGCUCAAGAUACCUGAUUGA